AUGUCUCAUCCUGUAGAUUGGUAUGGUGAUGAUAAUUCCGUCACAAAGGAGGAAAACGAAAAGACAUUCAGAAGUAUCAUUUCUAUUGUGACUCACUGUGCGUAA